AUGGCCCAUUCCAAACGUAACACCUCCCUCCCACACUUCACUUCCUACGAGCGCGGCCUUCUCCGCUCGCAAUGGGGCACCCAACGCGGCGUCAUCGGCCGCGACUCUUUCCUUCCAUUCGCUUCUUGUCGCCUGUGUCUACACCCCGCUCGAGCACCCGUCGUCGCCUGCGCAACAAAUGGUGAUAUAUUUUGUCGCGAAUGCGCCAUCAAUGACCUCCUCGCGCAGCGACAGGAGAUCAAGCGACUCGAACGAGAACGGGAGGAGGCCAAAAAAAGACUCGCAGAGGAAGAUGAGCGGACGUUAGAAGAGGCGCGUGAGCGGGAGCUACGCGAGUUUGAGCUCGUCAGUAUGGGGUUGGAGGUGGCAAAAAAUAAAUCUUCCGGUCAAGCACAGAAUGACAACCAUAAAAAGCGGAAGGCUGAGGAGGCUACGGAGGCAUUGGCUGCGUUUAAGGCGAGGGAAAUCGAAGUGGACGGCAAGCGGAAGAAGGUGUUUGAGCUGGAUGAAAAGGAGAUGGCACGGGUUGCUCGGGAGGAGCAGGAGCGACUCAAACAGGAGCUGAAGAAGGAAAAGUCUGAGUCCAGCAAGUCUGCUCUGCCGUCAUUCUGGGUUCCUUCGCUCACUCCCAAUACCGAUCCAAAUGAGAUUGCGGCCAAUAAGACCGUCAAAUUGAGUCCUGUUUGCCCUGGUUCGACGGAUGAACACCGCCAUAGCUAUUCGCUCAAGUCGCUGGUCGACGUACAUUUCACCGAGGAAAAGGCAUCCGACGGCUCAAUGGCGCGGACCUGUCCGAGUUGUAAAAAGACACUAACAAAUGGGCUUAAGGCGAUGUUGACCAAACCUUGUGGCCAUGUUAUCUGUUCGCCUUGUGUGACCAAAUUCAUGACGCCGCACGAUGCACCAGACCCGCAUGCUACUAAAGAAGAACAAGAGCAGACAGCUGCCCUCCAUGGGUUAAUUCUAUGCUACGUUUGCGAGGCCGAUAUCACCCCUCGUGAUUCAACAGAGAAUGGCAAGGAAUCAGGAAAGAAAAAGAAGAAGGAUAAGGAGAGCAUUAAGCCUGGCCUAGUAGAGAUCAGUUCAGAAGGAACAGGGUUUGCAGGGCGUGGUGGAAACAUAGCGACCAAAACGGGUGUUGCAUUUCAAUGCUGA